UUGGACUUGAAUGACAGUCGUUGAUACCAAUAAGCUGACGUCUGAAUUGUUUUGAUAAGAACCGUUAUGAUUCAUUAUAAGUUGUCAACUUUGGUAAGUAUAAAACAGGCAAGAUGGCAUGUGCACUCAUUAUCAAAGUGUCUUCAAACAGUUAACAACUUAUAUAAAUCAAUGGCUUAUCAACAGAAUGCACGAUCCAAGAUGUCCUUCAGCAUUGAAGAACUGUCCAAGAGCAGCAGGGUCCCAGAGCCCAUUAUUACUGAUGCAGUUGUCAAUCAUAUCCACGAUAUAUAUCUACCAAACAGCAGCCAGUCAUGUACAACAGAUGUGAAGCUAUCACUUACCAAUUCAGUUCAACAUACCCAAUACAAGAGGAAACGCCACGACUCAUUACAUUCUGAUGACAACAGCUUCAGCUCAACAGACUCAUCAUCAAGAGAUUGUAUAUCACCUGGUUCAUGCUCAGACGAUUCAGAUAAGGCCGACCAACCAAAGAAGAGAGUCAGAACUUCCUACACAAACUCACAACUCUUAGAACUAGAAAGAUACUACAGUAAGAGCAAAUACCUCCAGAUUGAAGAUCGCCCAGUGCUUGCCAAGAAACUCAAACUCAGUCAACAUAAGAUUAAAUGGUGGUUCCAGAACCGAAGAAUGAAAGAAAAGCGUCACAUCAAGAGUACAAGCUACAACAGUCCACGAGAGUUGUCACAGUUUGUUGGUGUAGGUAAACCUGGUUCCCGAAUGACAACAACAACAAUGGAAUCAAAUGGUAACUUAAGUCAGCAGUCAUACUCACCAUUUCCUAUGGUCUCGUCUUAUACGUAUGGUAUGUCACCGUUUGUGUAUCCUGGUUAUAGUCAGCAGUUCUACGGCAGCGUAUUUCCACAGGCAGUGCAACAUAACAGGAGUUGAUGAUUUGAAAUCAGCAUUAACACUAUAACACUAC